AUGGCGCCUCUCGUUCCCUCACAGGAGGAGCUCGAUCGCAGAAGGAUCGUCGACAUCAAUGCAGAGACCGUCACCAACAUCCCCUCCACAGAUUUCCCAGGUCACUGGCCCGGCGAAUCCCAUGAAUGGUCUCUCGACAAAUUCAGAGACAACUUUCGCGUCGAAUUUCACCAGAACAACCAAUUCGAGUCCGCCUUUUCCCUCAUCGGCCUCGAUGCUGCGAUCGCAAAUGCUUUCCGUCGAAUUGUAAUGGCAGAAGUCCCCAGUCUCGCCAUCGAAUUCGUCUUUGUUCACAAUAACACCUCUGUCAUCCAAGAUGAGGUCCUUGCACAACGCCUGGGUCUGAUCCCUCUCAAAGGUUCCGUGGAGGGUUUGAACUGGAUGCGCUGGUUCAAGAAGGCUAAUGAUGACGAACCUGGGAGCGGAAGCGACCCCAGUGACUACAAUACUGUCGUCCUGCGCCUUGAUGUCCAAUGCACCAAAAAUCCCCAUGCUUCUCGCGACGAGCAGGACCCCCGAAAGCUGUACAAGCACGCCCAUGUCUAUGCCAAGGAUAUUACUUUCCACCCUGUCGGACGCCAGGAACAAUACUUUACUGGCGACGGUGCUAUCCAACCUGUCAACCCAGACAUUCUCAUUGCAAAGAUGCGUCCAGGCCAGAAGAUUGAGAUGGAACUCCACUGUAUCAAGGGUAUUGGAGCCGACCACGCUAAAUUCUCCCCGGUCGCAACAGCAAGCUACCGUUUAAUGCCAGAUAUCAAAAUCCUCCGCCCUAUCCUAGGAGAGGACGCGAAGAAGUUUGCCAAGUGUUUCCCUAAGGGUGUCAUUGCUCUGGAGCCCGUCACCAUCGAGGAAGCCGCACAGAGAGAUACCGAGUAUUACGGUCGCACCGGAGAGCUCAAGGCUGUUGUCCGCGAUCCAUUCAAUGACACUGUCAGCAGGGAGUGCCUGAGACAUGAAGAAUUCCAGGGUAAGGUAAAGCUGGGCCGCCUUCGGGAUCAUUUCAUCUUCAAUAUCGAGAGCACAGGACAACUCGACAGCGACGUUCUCUUCCUAGAAAGUGUAAAGGUGCUGAAGCUGAAGUGCGCAAGAUGGAAGAGGGGCUUGACGGACCUCAUGCGAUAA